AUGCAGGCUCUUUCCCCACAGAAAUCUUGUAUAGUGGUGAUGGGGGUUUCAGGCUGUGGGAAAAGCUCUGUUGGAAGGUGCCUGGCUGCGCACUUGCACUGUACUUUCCUUGAUGCUGAUGACUAUCACCCAGCAUCAAACGUAGAGAAGAUGCAAGCAAGCAUUCCCCUCACGAAUCAGGACAGAUGGCCUUGGCUGCAAGCGCUGGCCCAUCUCAUUGACCAGCACCUGAACUCUGGCGAACACAUUGUAAUGGCGUGCUCAGCGCUGAAGGAGUCUUACAGGGACAUUCUGAGAGGGCGGCACCCGGAGAGCGUUGAAUUUGUCCUUUUGAAAGUAUCUCGUGAGAAGCUCUCGCAAAGACUGCAAGCCCGUCAGGCGCUACGAGCACAUUUCAUGCCUGCUGCUCUGCUAGACUCACAGCUGGCAACUUUAGAGGACAGCGGAUUUGGCAUGACAGUCGUUUCAGGUAGGAUGUGCCCUGAAUUUACAUCCAGCACCUUGCUGGUGUCCCUUGGGCACAAUCUGUCAAAAUUGCACUCCCUCGAAGUUAUCUUGGACUUUGUGCAGGGGAGGAGCCAGUGGAGCAGAUAG